CGUUAGAGAAACACAUGCUCUCUCAGGAGGCCAUGAAUCAGCAGAGCCGCCUGUGGCCCCAGCUGUAAGGCUGCCUUUACCAGGGAAAUGAAAGAGUCUUUUCACUCCCCGCUUCUUCCCUCCCCCUGCCAGGCCCAGCAUCAUCAUCACUCCCAUCUUCCUUCUGUGACUGCAUCCUUCUUUUCUGGAAGGAAAUCAUAAGCAACCUGUCCAGGGAGGAUUGCUCCGGAAAAUGUUGCAAGAGCCACAAAAUGGGGAACCUGCCGAAAUUAAGAUCAUCAAGGAAGCAUACAAGAAGGCCUUUUUGUUUGUUAAUAAAGGACUGAAUACAGAUGAAUUAGGGCAGAAGGAAGAAGCAAAGAACUACUAUAAGCAAGGAAUAGGACACCUGCUCAGAGGAAUCAGCGUUUCAUCAACAGACCCUGAAUACACAGGUCCCGAGUGGGAAUCUGCUAGGCAGAUGCAGCAGAAAAUGAAAGAAACACUACAGAAUGUACGUACCAGGUUGGAAAUUCUAGAGAAGGGUCUUGCCACUUCUCUGCGGAAUGAUCUUCAGGAGGUGCCCAAGUUAUAUCCAGAAUUUCCACCUAAAGACGUGUCCAAAAAGUCACCGGAGCCUCAGUCCUUUGGUUCACCUCCUCAGCACACUGAAGUAAAUGGCAACACCUCAACUUCAAGUACAGGAUCGGUUCCUGCGCCUAGUUCUCUAUCCAUACCAUCUCAGAGUCAUCCAGCAGAAGCACCUCCUGCUUACACUCCUCAAGCUGCUGAGGGUCACUACACUGUAUCCUAUGGAACGGAAUCUGGGGAGUUUUCAUCAGUUGGAGAAGACUUUUAUAGAAAUCAUUCUCAGCCACCUCCUCUUGAGAGCUUAGGGCUAGAUGCAGAUGAGUUGAUUUUGAUACCAAAUGGAGUACAGAUUUUUUUUGUAAAUCCUGCAGGAGAGGUUAGUGCACCUUCAUAUCCCGGGUACCUUAGAAUCGUGAGAUUCUUAGAUAAUUCUCUGGAUACAGUCCUAAACCGUCCUCCUGGGUUUCUUCAGGUGUGUGGCUGGUUGUAUCCUCUAGUUCCUGAUAGAUCUCCAGUUCUUAAAUGUACUGUGGGAGCCUACAUGUUUCCUGAUACAAUGUUGCAAGCAUCAGGAUGCUUCGUGGGAGUCGUCUUGUCUUCUGAAUUACCAGAAGAUGAUAGAGAACUCUUCGAGGAUCUGUUAAGACAAAUGUCUGACCUUCGGCUUCAGGCCAACUGGAACCGGGCUGAAGGAGAAAACGAAUUCCAAAUCCCUGGCAGAGCAAGGAGCCCCUCUGACCAACUGAAGGAAGCCAGUGGCUCCGAUGUGAGACAGGCUAAAGGUACUUCAAGUGAAGAAGUUAAUCUGAGUCAUAUGGUGCCCUAUGAGCCAGUUGCAGAAGAAAAAGCAAAGGAACUACCUGAAUGGAGUGAGAAAGUGGCUCAAAACAUUUUGUCAGGUGCUUCCUGGGUGAGUUGGGGUUUAGUCAAAGGUGCUGAAUUUACUGGCAAAGCAAUCCAGAAAGGCGCCUCUAAACUCAGAGAACGGAUUCAACCAGAAGAAAAACCAGUGGAAGUCAGCCCGGCUGUGUCCAGGGGACUCCAUAUAGCAAAGCAGGCUACGGGAGGAGCAGCGAAAGUCAGUCAGUUCCUGGUUGACGGAGUUUGCACUGUAGCAAAUUGUGUUGGAAAGGAACUAGCCCCACACGUCAAGAAGCAUGGAAGCAAACUUGUUCCAGAAUCUCUUAAAAAAGACAGAAAUGGGAAGUCUCCCCUGGACGGUGCUAUGGUCGUAGCAGCAAGUAGUGUUCAAGGAUUUUCAACCGUCUGGCAGGGAUUGGAAUGUGCCGCCAAAUGCAUUGUUAACAACGUUUCAGCAGAAACAGUACAAACUGUCAGAUACAAAUACGGGCAUACCGCGGGAGAAGCUACACACGAUGCAGUAGAUUCCGCCAUCAAUGUUGGUUUAACUGCCUAUAACAUUGACAACAUUGGCAUCAAAGCAAUGGUGAAGAAAACUGCAAAACAAACCGGACAAACAAUCCUUGAGGACUAUAAAAUACUUGAUAAUUCAAAGGGGGAGAAUCUAGGAGGGGGAGCAAAUGUAAACGUGAAAGGGGAGAAGGAGGAGCAGACAGAGGAACUAGAGAAGAAGGAGGCAAAGAAGAAAGGUAAAUGAUGAAAGGGCAGCGAAUCACCUAUACCAAAGCCUUAAAAGACGGAUGCGACUGUGCUAAGAGGCAGAUGUGGAAUUCGCCAUCGAUUAACCAGUAUUUUAACAAAGUAUACAUUUCUACAGAGUAACUGUUUCCAUAAGCUUUAUGGCAUGUAUUCUACUUACAAGGAAAAUAAUUGGUAUUCUUUCAUCUGGCCUUAGAAAUAUCCAGUUAUAUUCUCAGUAAGUUAAUUUUUUCUAAAUGUGGCUAAAGUAUUUUUGCAGUUAAAGUAAGACUAAUAAUACAUGCGCUAUAAACCUCAUUAAACCCAAUAUUAAACUAUUUUUGUAUUUGCUAUCUUUCAGAAAGCAAAGUAGGAAAUUAUUAUAUAUUUACAUAAUAUUGGCAUUUAGUAACCUUAGUUUUAUUUGUAAUGGGAAGGAUAAUUUAAAAUACUGUUUCCUCUUUUUGCACUAAUCGUGGAUCUUUUUAAGUACUUGUUAGAAUUUCCAGCAUAUAAGCUAAACAAAAAUUGUAUUCCUAAACUAAGAAUUCUCAGAUAACAUUUAAAAGAUGUUUUCAAAACAGGGAAUGGUCUAGUCAUGAAAAAUAAAAAGUUCUAUAAAAUUAUUUAGUAGCUUACCUCUUAGGAAAUAGGAUGGUCUUUUUGAUUUAAAAUGAAUACAAAUAGAUUUUUAAGUUUUCUGGAUUUAGACUGGCCUGGGGAAUUUAGGGGUAUGAUUCCUAUUGUAUUAAAAUUUGAAGUGACGAUUAUUUAGUCUAUUAUAUCUACUUCUGUAAGUUUCCCCAAAAGGCUAAAAUUUUAUGAAAAAAUGAGGAUAAACAGUAUUGAGUUUAUGGAUAGCAAAUAUAUUUUUAUUUUGGAAUCAGUCAUUGGAAUUUUAUAUAUUAAAAAGCCAUUAAAUUAUUAGAAAAGGUUUUAUUCAUAAUAUGAAGAUGUUAGGCUUACUCCUCGGUGGGUGGGCAUAACAGUUUCUACUUUGGCAGAAGGCAGGAUAUUCACAGACCUUUAAGCUACAAAUAUGUAGGUAAAUACCUGAUGGCAUUUUAUUUUUGUUUACUGGUUUUAAAAGAUUGGUAUUGGUUUUCAUAGCUAUUGUCCACCCUAAUAUUUUUGAAUCUCUAGUGGCUACUUAGUUUAUUAGACCUUUUUUGAAACUGUCUAAAUAAUGCACUUUGUGAAUGAAUGAACUCUCUGAAUUACCUGGCUGCAGAUACUGUCAUAGGCUUGCUUGUAUUUUGGGAACACAAUAGAAUUGGUGGAGUCUUUCUGUAAGGCCAAGGAUAAUGGACUAGUUGUUAAAACGGAAAUAAAAUUGAAUUGGUAAAUAGA